ACGUCAGGCUCUCGUGGAUUGGCGCUCUGCCAUCUUUGAUUGUGCGACAGGCCGCGGCGCGAGCGCGGGGCCCUCUCUCGAGCGCACGAGAAACCGCCAACCGCCCGUUAUUCCUCGCCUCACACCGGCGGCGCGACCAGAGACACAUACAGAGAAAGAAAACGACAGGGAGAGGGACAUAAACGCUUCUCUCUCUUUUGUGGAGGAGGUUUUUGUGGGUCGCUAACCUCUCGGCUAGCUGGGAUUAGCAUAGCACGAGUUUUUGUAAUCCACAGCCGGCCUCGCUCUCUCACACACACGCUUAAACACACAAUACAAAGGGCCAGGACACAGACCUUCUGGACGGAAUAAACGAUAUACUUGAAGAGAGAAACAGGACCGGCGGAGACAGGGGCUGGUUCUGAGGGGUGAGGCCGCAGGACCAGACUCAAUGAGUUUCCAGCGAAAUGUCCGAGAAGUCAGGGCAGAACACCAAGGCAAAGGAUGGCAAGACCAAGUAUGCAACCCUUAGCCUCUUCAACACGUACAAGGGCAAGUCUCUGGAGACCCAGAAAACUGCAGUUGCUGCCAGACAUGGGCUCCAAAGUUUGGGCAAAGUUGCGGUCAGUCGACGCAUGCCCCCCCCAGCUAACCUGCCCAGCCUAAAAGCUGAGAACAAAGGCAACGAUCCCAACGUUAGCAUCGUACCCAAGGACGGCAGCGGAUGGGCCUCCAGACAGGAUCAACCAGGAGACGAACGGCAACAAGAGACCCCUCCACCACAGCCUAAGCCAACUGUGCCCCAGACCUCUGAUGUCCCUCUGGGAGGCAGCCGCUCCUGGGCCAACAGCAAACAGUCUGGGCAGCUGGACGGAGCUCCUCGGAUGAGCAGUCAGUUCCAUCAGGAGUUUCCGAGUCUGCAGGCGGCGGGUGAGGAGGAGAAAUCAGGCAAUCAGGAAGAUGAACCCUAUGGGCCGGGCCCCAGCCUCAGGCCUCAGAAUGUGGGUAGCUGGCGGGAAGGUGGAGGCAGGAACUUAAACGUUGCUCCCAGCCCCUCAGAGACCGAUGGUAAGCCCUCUGAGGAGUCAGGCGUGGGUCGAGGCACACCAUCUCCCUCUGUGGACUCCGAUGAGGCAGGGAAACCCUCUGCUGGGGAGGGCAGAGAAAAGAGAGAUGCCAGAGACAGGCUCCUACCUACUGCCCCUCAGCCUAAACUUAAUGGUGGCGAUGAGGGUUGGGCAGGUGCUCAAAUGGAAGUUGACUAUACUGAGAAACUGAACUUUAGUGAUGAUGAGGAGAACCAUUCAGCUAAGGAGAAAGGCAAUAACUGGGAGUGGAUGACUAAAGUUGAUCACAUGCGGUCAAGAAACACUGGUGUUCAGGAGGGAUGGAAGGAAGGAGAAGAGGAGAGGCGUGACAGCAAGAGCUCGUGGCCUGAAAGUGGAGACCCCAGGGCUCCCUCCCCUGGCAAUAUUGUCCAUUAUAGCAAGACGGUUCCUCCACAAGAACAACAGGGCCAAACUGUUGGACGCUCUGUGGGAAGUGGUGGUCCCCGUGUUACAAAGUUACCCACAACAGCACCCCCUGCUGGUGAGGAGGAAACGGAAGCAUGGCGACAGAAACGGAAGAAGCAGUCAGAGCUCUCAGAAGCAGUAGAACGCGCUCGCAGACGGCGUGAGGAGGAGGAACGCCGCAUGGAAGAACAAAGACUUGCUGCAUGCAAAGAGAAACUCAAACAACUUGAGGAGAAACGACGACCUUCAGCUACAGAAACUACUAAACCAAUUACACAAGCUCAUUGUGAUCACCAGGAAGUGACUGAAACUGUGCCUAAACAACCUGCUGAAACUCCACCCCCUCACCCUCAACCACCACCUUCCCCUGCACAGCAACCCUGCCCUCCCAUGCCAACCCAUGAAAGGACCGAGCCCACUGUGGAGGAGGUGCCACAAUUUGUUACCCGACAACCUAGCCCUCCUGUCCAUAGGACUGCCCCAGAACCCCAAAGCAAGGUUGAAACUGCUGUAACAGAGGAGGUGCAUAGACGGGUGGAGAGACAACCAAUGAGAGACUACUUCAGUACUGAGGAGCCCAGAGUUGAGGAGCCUCCGUUGUCUUUAUCCAGACUGGAUCAUUCUGUUAGUGAAGAUGCACCUCUUCCGUCUCAACUGGAAAAUGAGGGAGACACUGGGACUGCUGUUCGCCCUUCUGUCACCUCUGGAUACUCAAAACAGUUCCAGAAGUCUUUACCACCAAGGUUCCUUAGACAACAGGAACAGCUUAAACAACAACAGUGGCAGCAGCAGCAACAACAGCAGCAGCAGGGUGGAGGGGGUCCAGUCUCUCCCUCAGGGGGUUCAGUUCCCCCUCAGCACAGAUCCUUAUACCAACCUCUCGGCCCCCACCACCAACACCUUGCCUCAAUGGGCUUUGACCCACGCUGGCUAAUGAUGCAAUCUUACAUGGAUCCUCGUAUGAUGUCUGGGCGGCCACCAAUAGAUAUGCCUCCUAUGCACCCCGGGAGAAUGCCUCCUAAGCAACUGGUACGACGAGAGCCCUCAGACAACAGCAGCUCUGGAUCAGACACUUUUGAUCAUCUGACCCGACCAAUCAGAGAACACGGAGUUCCCAAUGAGCCUCGAAUGGUCUGGGGUUCUGACCCAUAUCCCUCAACAGAGCCCCUGCCCUCUUCUGCAACCGUAAAAGGGCGUGAAGAUGGCAAGGAGACAAGAUUGGAUGCUGGUCUGGAGCUGGAUAGAGGUCUAUCAGGUGUCUACCCUCAGGACCAUAGCCCACUAGAGUCUAGGGGCAAGAGCGACUUCUUCAGGGAUUCUUCUGAAACCUUGUCUGCUUUUAGUCAUGUUUCGGAAGAGGUUCCAGGUCUCCUACAGACUGACAGAGCACCAGUCAUCCCUUCGUUUGAACCUGAGGAGGCUAACCUCUCUGGUGCAGAUGAGGUUGAAGCCAUUGGACAGGCUGUAUUGAAACGGAGUAUCUCUCAAGGCUCCAGUCACUCUCUGAAACUGGAAGAGCCCAGAUCUGAAGGACUUACCAUAGUACAGAAAACCCUGGACUUCCCUGAUACUGUGGAAAGACCAGAGGACAAGUCCAGAAAGGAGCCAUUUGGACAAGGGUCUGUAAUCAACAGCCGUUCCACGCCUCCUGUGGCUAAUGAUGGUAUGCACAAAACCGACAAGCUCACUUUACCUGCACCCAGCAAGCAGAAGUCAGAGAUGCGCUGGGGAUCCCGUGGAUCUGGAUCUGGAAGGAGAGAGGGUCCCGGAGGGGAGCGGCCAGUGAGGAGAUCUGGACCGAUUAAGAAACCUGUGCUGCGAGACAUGAAGGAAGAGAGGGAACAGAGAAGAGAGAAAGAAGAACAGCACGAACGAGGGGAGCGAUCCAAAAAAGAGGGAGCUGCACCCAAAGGUGCUGCUUCAGCUGCUGUAGAAGCAUCUGAUGGACCAAAACCCUCUGGUGAUGGGAAGAAAAUAGUGAUAGAACCUGAAGUGGGAGUAUCAACUGGUGGAACGAAGUCCAGAGAUCUGCAGGCAACUGUAUGUCCUACAGCCACAACUGUUGCUGAGGAUAAACCAGACAACCAGACAAAAUUUAAUGAUAAACGUUCUGAACCCAAACUACCAUCUCGCAAAGACUCCAACCUCCCUCCCAGAGCUUACCGCAGAGACGAGAGGGAGCGAGACAGAGAACGAGACCGAGAGAGGGACAGAGAUGUGGAACGAGAGAAGGACUGGCCUUCUGAUUUUAAAGGCCGUGGUCGGGGAGAGUACUAUUCCCGUGGCCGGAGUUACAGAGGCAGCUACGGUGGGAGGGGCAGAGGUAGCCGUGGUCGGAGUCGAGGUGACUACCCUUACAGAGAGCCACGGUCACGCUCAGACUUGCCAUUAAGUGCCACAGGGACUGCUAGUUUCCGCUGCAGAGAGGAGAGUGAAACCCGUAGCGAGAGCUCAGAUUUUGAAGUCUUGCCCAAGCGUAGACGCAGACGAGGCUCGGACACAGACUCUGAAAGUGAAGGCAGAGAAUCUGCCAGUGACACUGGACCAUCAGAUCGCGAGCCCAGCUCCAAACCGAGCAGGCCGCUCCAUCGUGAGCUGCCGGAAUCUCGCUCCUCUAAAUCUGCCUCUGGAUUUGCAACCGGAAAUCUUUCUGAAAAACAUGGGCCUCGAGAUGAGGAUGGGCGACCUAAACCAGGUUUUCUUUUAAAGGGUGAGGCCACACGGCGAGGCAAGGGAGGCUUGCACAACAGACGAGGUGGUGGCAGGGAACGAGGUGGCCACAGAUCUGUUCCUUUCCGUCGGGCCCCUGUUAGAGAGUCCUCACAGUGGCCCUCGAAGCCCAUGGAGACCUUUCGGCCAGAGGAAGCAGAGACCUUGCGCACUGAUAGGACCCCAUCUGAAAGACGGCACACCAAAUAUGACAACAAGAAAAUUGGAGAGGGUGGACAAAGCUUACGGGAGAGGCCCCGGAGACCAAGGGCAGCCCGUCCUCCCAGACAGGACAAGCCCCCACGAUUUCGGAGGCUUAAAGAACGUGAGGCAGCAGUGUUUGCUGGGGAAGCUACUCCUGGUGUGCCAGUACCUACAUCGGUCUCCCCAACGCUGUCUAAAGCUCCUGGAACACUGGUCACUUUGCCAGAGGGGGUGGCUGAUACCAGUACAGCACCUUCUCUCACUCCUGAUGUGACUCUCCCUGAACUUCCUGUCACAGAGGCGGUUGUUCCUGAAAUGGGAGCCACCACUGUAGUUGCUGCUGGCAGCAAAUCACCUGACUUGUCCAAUCAGAACUCUUCUGACCAGGCCAAUGAGGAGUGGGAGACGGCCUCUGAGAGUAGCGACUUCAACGAAAGGAGAGAGCGAGAGGACAAGAAGCAGCUUGAAGCAGCUGUGACCGCUAUCACUACUACUUCCUCCUCUGUGCCCACACAGAUCUCUGGGGGACAGAACAAAUCACCCACAGAAAGUAUGGCAAUCUCAAAACGGGAGAUAGCCUCGGCAGCCAAGAGGAGCUUCUCUAGCCAGCGGCCUGUGGAUCGACAGAACCGAAGAGGAAAUAAUGGGCCUAAAACAGGCCGAGGGUACCCUGGAGGCAAGAGCGAGAGAAGGGGAGGAUCUGGAGCCAAAUCGGGACGGAGGGGUGCUGCUGCUCAAAAUGCAGAGACCGCUCAGGCCAGUACAGGUCAGAAAGCUGGGAAAGAACCAGCUCCCAGCCGCCGGAAAGAGGAAGGAAAGCAAGCUGUCAAAAAACCCAAAGAAAAAGAAAAUGCUUUGUCUCAGUUCGAUCUCAACAAUUAUGCCAGUGUAGUGAUCAUUGACGACCACCCAGAGGUCACAACACUGGAGGACCCUCAGUCUAACAUGAAUGAUGACGGGUUCACAGAGGUUGUUUCACGGAAACAGCAGAAACGUUUGCAGGAUGAGGAAAGAAGGAAGAAAGAAGAGCAGACUGCACAGAAUUGGAGUAAAAAGGGCUCUGGAGAGAAGGGCAGGGGAGGUGGUGGUUCUAAACUCCCGCCGCGAUUUGCCAAAAAGCAGCAAGGAUUGGCAGCAGGACAGCAGCAACCAUCAGCUCCAGCUCCACAGACCCAGUCUGUCCCUCAGCAGCCUCAACCACAGCCAGCUAUCUCUGUGUCGCAGCACAACCUGCCUGCCUCCAACCAGAGCACUAGCUCACCCCAGCCUCUUGAGGGCGCUGUGGCACCUCUGGCUCCUGCGCCUGUAGACUUCCCUGCCAAGAGUCAGGCACACAACCCCCUGGGUACGGAACUGUGGGAGAACAAGGUGGCUGGCUCCGCUGUUCUCUCCGAUGUCAAGAAACUUGGACCUAUCAGCCCUCCCCAGCCUCCCUCUGCCAGUGCCUGGAACAAACCCCUCACUUCAUUUACUGGGACCGUUACACCUGAGGGUGUGAAAGCGGGAACAGAACGCCUUGAGCUGGGCAUGGAUAGCAUCCAGUUUGGUGCCCCUUCUUCAGCAGGCAGCACUGACAGUGACGGAGUGCCCGCCCUGCUAGAGAAAACCUCUGACAAUAAACUACCCGAACCCAAAGAGCAAAGACAAAAACAGCCUCGUGCUGGACCUGUCAAACCUCAGAAGUUACCUGACAUCCCCCCUCCAGAGCACAAGGAAUAUAAACCUGGUCCCAUUGGUAAAGAGCGUUCGCUCAAGAAUCGUAAGGCUGUCAAAGAUGUGCGUCAGUCCGAUGGAGAGGGCCUGGAUAAAAAUGGAACUAGAGGCAGCCGAGACAGAGACUCCAGCUCACCCACUAAAGACAAAGUUCCUGAGCUGGGUGGAGACAUUGAGGGCAUGAUCACUGCUCCAUCAGCAGAAUACUCCAGCAGCUCUAAGGAAUCAGUGACUGACUACACAAUCCCAUCUUCCUCGUUAGCAGACAAUGUCCCCACUGCAGGGACCAAGAUGGAGAAGAGCCUUGUGACACCUGUGGCGCUCCCACACCCAUUGCCUAUUCAGCGAAGAGAAGCCCUGCAGCAGAGCUCCAGCCUUGCCACAGUCUCUCCUGCUACUGUUGACCUCACACUUAAAAUGGAAUCUGCGCGCAAGGCUUGGGAGAACUCGCCUAGUCUUGUGGAAAAGAGCUCUCCUGUCACCUCCUCUGCAUCCCCCAUCACCAGUGCCUCCUUCAAUUCCUUCUCCAGUGCUUCAGUGCCUCAGAUACCUGUGGCCUCGGUCACCCCCAGCACCUCCCUGUCCGGAUCUGCAACCUACACAACAUCCUCUCUCAGCACGAAGAGCACAUCAGCUUCUGACCCUCCCAACAUCUGUAAGGUGAAGCCCCAGCAGCUGCAGAGUUUAGGAAUGUCCAGUGCUAACUUCUCCCAGCUGGGCUGUGCGCCUUCUCUGUUACCACAACAGCAGCAGCAACAGACCCCACAGGUGUUUGUAUCCCAGUCUGCAGCAGGUUCUGCAGCCCAAAUCCCGGCCUUCUACAUGGACACCAGCCACUUGUUCAGUACGCCUCACCCUCGCUUGGCUCCUCCCUCUAUAGCCCAGCAGCAAGGCUUUCAGCCUGGACUCUCCCAGCCUACAGCGGUGCAGCAGAUCCCAAUCUCUAUUUACGGUCCUCUGCAAGGGCAGCACCAGGCCCAGCUGAGCCUCAAUGCUGCACCUCCGGUGUCUCAACCUCAAGACCUCUUCAGCUCCUCCAUACAGCCCUACAGGUCUCAGCAAGCAUUCAUGCAGAACAGCCUCUCCCAGACGUCUCCCAUGAUGCUGUCUGGGACGCCACUGCACAGUUACCCUGGAGUGCAGCCCCCAGAAUUGGGUAAGCCUCAGUCCAACCUGGCCUUCCAGCAGACUUCAAACACCCAACAUAUCCCCUUCCUGUUUGAGCCCCAGCUGAAUCAGCCCUCUGGCAUGGGAGGAUCACAGCUCAUAGACACACAUCUACUGCAGCGUCAGGGAAUGAGUCAGCACUCAAACCUGUUCUCCGGACAAGUCCAGCAGCAGAGCAGCUACUACAGCUCAACACAAAGUCCCAGCUCUGCCCUACAGCAGAUGACGGUUUCCAUGCCAGGUUCACAGUUAUCUUUGCCCAACUUCGGCUCUGGUGGUGGUCAGCCACUCUUGGCUUUGCCUCAGUCCUUACCUCCGACCCCUCCCCAAGUCCCGCCCCCCAGCCUCAACCGCCUGCCCCCCAGCAAUCCGCCCUAUCGUGGCCUUUUUGGCCAGAAUACACACAGCAUGAUGCAGCCUUCCAAUAAGAUGUGUGAGAUGGAUCUGAAGCUCUUCAGUGGUGGAAUGGAUAUGAAGCCUGGAACUCCACCUGUCAGCGCCAGAAGCACUACCCCCACUUCUAGCCCUUAUAGGGCGAGCUCCACAAGCCCCAGUAGUCAGUCUAGCAAGAUGAGCAGCAUGCUGUAUCCCAAACAGUUCCAGUCAGGCUCAGCAGGAAUGCGCAUUGCCCAGCACUUCCCAGGACAGUUCAACCCACAGAUGUUGUCUCAGGCUAACAUGGUGUCUCCAUUGGUGCGUCCACACCAUGCAAACUCCUUUCCUGGAGGGGUGCAGCGUUCACCAAUGGGUCCACCUAUGUCCCCUAAUUUGAGUGGGGGUCUGAUGCCCCAUCCCAGACCCCAGCAUCCUCCACGUGGACCUUCUGGUCCCUCAUUGGCACCACGUGGCACACAGGCUGCCCUGAAAGCAGAACAGGACCUUAAGGCUAAACAAAGAGCUGAGGUAUUACAGUCAACCCACAAGUUCUUCUCUGAGCAACAACAACUCAAGGCUCCAGUCAGCAAGCCAACCCGCAUAGAAGGAGCAGGCAAACCCACCGACAGCAUCACUUCAAAUCACCAGGGGGCACCAUCUGACCGCGCAGAGUCUGACAAACCUGCACCUCUAGCAACAACCAAACCCAUCCGGACAGGUCCGAUCAAACCACAGGCUAUCAAACCAGAAGAGAGCAAAUAGUCGUUACUGCUUCAGAAAAGACAGAUGGAUAGAAGGAUGGACUGAGAGUCCGAGUGCCGGGGAGGGGGGGGUUGGCACGUCUUACAGCACCUGAAAGCGGCAGAGAAGUGUAGGGAAGUAGAGUGAUGGAUGUUAAUUUUACAAGGUGCUGUGCAUUUCUCUCACACUUACUGUGCCCAUUUUCCUCAUCCUUUUAUCAGUCCAUCCAUUCUCUCCUCCGCUGUGGUUGGCAUUACAGAGAAAGCGCCCCUCCAUUGUGUGAACUGUACAUCCUCAGUGAACAAUGAAGGUAGACAUCAACAUGAGUUACACUUGCUGCUGAGAAUGCCAUUUGUAUAGCAAUAUGAUUUACUUUCUCAUUUCCUCAUGUAGAGAAACACAUUUUAGGCAGGCAAAUGUCUCCUUUUUUGAUUGAAGAUGUUUUCCCCCAUAAUUUUAUUUUUUUGCUCAUGUUCUCACGCAACGUUUCAAUUACAGCGAUAAAGAUACAAUGAAAUGUCUACACACACACUCGCAUACCUUUUAUAGUGUGUGUGUGUACACCUCUCUCAACAUUACCGGCACUCACACUUACUUUGACUUCAACCAUGUGUAUUGGCCUUAAUACAUAGAACAUUAUUUCAGCAGAUUAGGAGUUGAUUACCGAUGUAUCCAAUUAAUUUAUC